UUCAAUUUUCAAUCGUGAAAUCAGCGAUCUAUGUUGAACACAUUGGCAGGUGAGCGGGAUUUGAUAGUUUGUCUAUGUUGCCCAAACGGAGACAAAAUCAGUGUUUGGCGACAGCCUUGACUCGUCACAUCUUAUUCGUUAUCAUCCUUUCGUAGGAUAUGAAGUUCAAAAAGUCAAAGGCGUCAGAUAUAGUGGAUUCACUCAAGCAGCUUAAGAUCACUGACCGUCGUUUUCGUCCUCAGUUGAAAGGAUCCACACUUCAUACACUUGCAUAUCUUGGGGAAGUUUCUUCUCAUUGUAGAUGUCAACUACGUAUGACACGGUCAGCUUCAACUGCAGCAGUCAUAGGUUAUGAUUUCCAGUGUUGUAAAGCAUGCGAAUAUUGUCAUACAAUAGGAAAAGUAGGGACUGGUCAUGAGAUAAUGCGUAAAAAUGAUUUAAAUCAAGUGAAUAGCGUGUUUCCCUGUGUAUCAAAUGAACAUUCAGAUACCCUUACUAGUUGUACAGAAAAUACAAGAGCAUUUCUUGCACCGCCUACUUCAUCAUCUGCUUACGUAUGUACAACACUGCCUGCUAGACGUUGCCAUUCUAAUUAUACUGCUGUAGAAUCCGACCUACAUCCUUUACGUGUUACCUCGUGUUUCGAACCGACUCAUUUUCAUAGAUCUUAUGGGAAUGAAUUAAGUGACGUUGAACAGGAUCGUAUUCAUCAUAAUUCUACACAUGAAAACCCAUUUGGUGUGUCUAAUACAAUACGAAGUGAGCAUCCAUUUUGCUGUUGUCAUGUCAUGAAUAAUGCUCAUUUACCUCAUCAUCAUAUGCGUCUUUAUAGAAGACUGUACAGUCUUGUUGAUCAUCCAUGUGUCAGUUUAUAUUAUCCUUGCAAAUACCACACUUGUACACAUACUACAAUAACUAGUGGUUGUUCUACAGGAAUGGGUACAUCAUUUCGUAAUUCUUUGUCAUCGAGACAUCGGCAUACUAUUACACCAGUGUCAAUAUACCGGUUGAGUAUUGAAUCUCGGACCACAUCAUGCUCUAAAUCUUUAGAUACUGAAUCUGAUUUAGGUCUGACAGAUGCAUCUCCAGCAUCAAACUACUGCAGUAUUCAUCAACGUGAAGUAGCAAUUCAAUCGUGUCUGCAACAAGCCUCAGCUAAAUAUAAAAGCCAACCUGUUGAAGAAACAGUAUUAGGCAUUCAACGUUGUCGUAGAAACUCUGAUCCUGAACGUUGGCAACAGUUUCGUGAUCCACAAGGUAAUGUAAAUGAAAAUCAAAGCAGUGGAUUUAGCGAAACUCUAACAUUUUCAAACAACUGUGAAAAUGAGGUUAGCUAUCUAUCCACUCAACUUAAUUGUCCUAUUGUGAAUCCAGAGACGGGGACUUUAGGUAAUAAUGGCAUUCAGUCGCCUAAUUCACGUACGAAUGAAUAUGUGUUAACAAACAAUGACGCCUAUAAUGAUCAAUCGGUUGCAGAUAAGACAGCCGGAACAUCAAGAGCAUCCAAUUCCGUGUUGACAACUACUGCUACUACUGUUGGAGAUGGUCGUCAGGGUUUUAAUUCGUGUCAGACGAGAUUCUCACAAAGUAUUAAUACAUUAUCAUCACCUUGUGAGAAUCCGCCUAUUUGUCAUUAUUCAACAAAAAGUGGAAUCGAGUCAAACCCACCCGUAGAACAACAACAACAACAGCAACAGUAUAGGUUUCAAUUCCGACCUUCUGUCCUCUUAUCGUCUACAGAACAUGCGACGACAACAACACCACCAAUUAUGUAUACAUCAGACACUUGUUUUUCGCUGCACUCACCAAAUGUGUCAUUGUGUCAGAGAGCCCAAUCAACGUCAGCGUCAGCAACAGUGGCAUCAGUAGCUGGAGGAGAUGAUGUGUCAAUCUGGUCUGACGAUGUUGGUGGCGACGGUGACGAUGAUGACUUGUUGUUAAAAACGAAUAUUAUUCAGUCGGCUAGUAAUAAUAAUGAUACUGCGGAUUGUCUUCCAGUCAACAGUAGUAACAGUGGCGGUUAUGGUCCUACUGAUCCUAGUGAUAGUAAUGGUAAGCCUCAGCUAAUUUCAGAUAUAUCUGUCAAUGAAUUAGCUUCAUACAUGGAGCAUAUGGUGCAUAUACCAGGGAGAAUGUCUGAAAUGGCACAAAGAAUGUAUCUUUAAGAAAGAAAGAGGGGAUCAGUGAAUGAAUGUCUGCAUGCGUGUAUGUAUACACUAAUGAAAGUAAAUGAAAGAAGAGAAGAAGUGAGUGACUUUCACCUAGAUUGCAUAUUUUCAUUCACUACGACUACUACUAUUACCACUAUACAUUGAAGCAAAUAUUUCGGUAACAUACAAAUAUAUUUUGUAAAACUGGGUUGUACGCAUAUACAUAUAUACACACUGAUGACCGAUGGUAUUGUGAUACUAAUAAAUAUACAUACAUAUACAUGUGAGUUUACAUGCAUUAUCUCAUUGUAGUUCAUUUUAUUCCAUUCUAUUACUUUUGUUUUCUGUUUCUUUAAUUUUUAAGUAUUUUAUUCAAUUCCUGUGAAGAUAGUCUCUCCCAGUGACGUGCCUAUAAAUAUUUAGGCAACUGUACAAGUCCCAGAUAUUGCACCAUAUAUAUAUACGUAUGAAUUGUACAAAAGAUUACUAGUUUGACUAUACUUAAUAGUAACAGUAUUAUUGCUAAUAACGAUAAUAAUACGCAUGCAUUGCACUACUUGAGUACUUACCUACCUUUUUGGUUGGAUCUCGAAUUCCCACUGCCAUUCUCGCGUUCCCGCCAAAGGUGAACUUCUCCAUCUCUCUUUGUCUCUCCGUGUUUGCGCGUGUGUGUAUGCAUUUUAGUGGUGUUUUUAGAAAAAAAUGUAAAACCUACAUUUAUCUUCUUUCAAUAGUCAAUCAAUCUAUCAAUCAGAUGUGUUUGUAUAUCUGUUUGUGAAAGAAAGAGCCAAUCAACCAACUAAAUAAAUAAAUUUUUAUUUUCCUUUAAUUAUCGUCAAUAUUAACUACACAACAAUCCUCUGUGUGUGAAAAUGUCUUGUGUAUUCCUCUCUUUCUCUCACUUUGUUUGCCUCCACAGCUUCGCUUCGCUUCGGUUUGUUUUGUAUCUCUCCUCUCUUGUUAAUCAAGGCGUUUGAUUUGUAUUAAAAGCAUUUAUUACUAAUGUUAUUGCCUUUCUUAAAAUUGGCAUGAAUUUGUAUCCAUCCAUCUGUCCGCCCGUCCACUUACGUUGUUGAGCUGAUCUUGUCCAUCCCAUCCCACCUCGACCCCUCCUGUUAUAUUUUGCUGCUGGUUUAUUCAAGUUUCGCCUCGUCCUCCUCCUCAUCGUUGUAGUCGCCUUCUUCUCGUCUCUGUUCUAGUUUCGUGCGGAGGCGAUUUCGUCUUCGGUGGAGAAACAGUGGGCAACACAGUACGAACGUUCACAUAAUAAGAACAAUAACAGUGGUAGUAUUAAUAAUAAAAAUAAUGUAUUUGUUCCUGUUAUUCUUAUUGUUAUUAUUCUUAUUUUAAUAUCGUUUUUAAUUCAGUACCACUUACAUCGGGUUCAUUAUUACUUUUUGUUUCUGUUUCUUUAAUCUUUACUACUAAUAUUAUUUUUUUAACGCUUACAAGUAUUGGAGAGAUUCGACAUUAUUAUUACUAUUAGUACUGUUAUUAUCGUCACUAUUACGUGACAGACACAGAGUUACUGCUUUUGUUAAAAAUAAAUUUUGUUGAAGCAUUUGCAAGUCUGUCUGUUGCUCUACCAGUUUACCGGGCUUUUUAUUUCCUUUGUUUUCUUAUUUCCCGUGUACUGCAUUCACAUACAGACACAAACAUGCAUACUAUCCUUUCGCCUAUAAUAUAUGUUUUUUAACUGACGUAUCAAGACGUCCUAUCUGCCCCUCGCCCCUCCCUAAGUUUCAUACCUAUCUGUCUUACUAUCUAUCCAUUUAUCUCGAUGCCUAUAUAGUUAUUUUUUGUUUGUUUUUUCUGUGUUUGUCUGUGUCUAAACUAAAAAUUGAAUAAAUAUACUUUAAGGUAUUACUAAUUGUGUCAGUG